CUGGAUGGGAGAGCAAUCCCCUCACCCAUGGAAUUCACGAUUUGAAGAGCUUUCAGAAGAUCCAGUCGAGAGAGAGUGUUCGGGUUCAUUUGUCAGCCGUCAAGAGCUCAUCAGACAGACUCAUCAUCCGUCAGAGUGGAUCGUAAGAUGUGCAGCGGGCUGCUAAGCGACUUCCAAAUUUUCUUCCACAGGUCCGGCCUUUGAAGCAAUGAUACGAGGAUCACAGUUGCAAGAUACAUCAACAUUCCAUGGAAAGCUUUCAGCUGAGGAACCGAAUGAGCACUCUGAACGGAAUCUGUUGCGUUUCAUUGAACCUUUACUGUAAAGGUUUCGUUGUGACGUGACGCAAGCGAAGAGAGUGUCAGUGGGGUAAAGUCAGAGCGUUAGGAGCGAAAAUCAGAAUCGACUGACGCGCAGCUUGAUACCGUUGACUCUGUCUUAAGUACCCGAGCAGUCCAUACAAAGGUGGGUUCCUGUUUGUGGAUCUGUUGCAGGUUCAUGUUAUCCGACUGCACAUGUGAAAUCGAUACCAGUGGCCUGAUUUGAGUAACUAAGAUUGUUCAAGCCUUACGUUACUCGUUCACUUCAGUGCUCGCCCAGAUGUCUACCAUAUUGACGGCACCAUUUAGUUCAGCUGAUGAUCGCAUGAUUCGCUUUACUUUGAUCCAAUGGACAGAAGCAAGUGACAGGUGCUAGAACGAGCGAUUCAUUCAUCACUGCCGCAGUCAUGGUCUCCACUGUAUGCAACAGCUGAUGGUCAUGACAUGCACAGAGAGGCACCGAGAUUUAACUCAGCUCUGGCGUUUCGCUGAAGGCUUUAAAUGACUCACUGUUGCUAAGGCCAGUGCAUGAAUCAGAAGUGCCUUCACAUUCUUGAGAACAAUGAUACAGCAGCUGAUGAGGUCUGCCAAGCUAAAGGGCUUCUGGAUUGUGCAAGAACUUGCUUUUCCUGAUCACUCAUCGAUGCUCGUCGGCUCUAAUUGGUACCCUUCAUUAUAUUCUAUCGUCGAUCAGCUGGAUCGAGUGGCUGGCUCUUCAGAAACUGGCACUCGUGACUGUACUUGCAAAAUGAUGGUGGUCAAUAGUUCGACUGUCAUAGUAUAACCUGGAUUUGUCGUCAUAGAUUCAGGUCAUGAUGGCUUACAAGUUGCCAGGCUCCCUACAUGUGCCGGAGCCACGAGAAACUUUCUGUAGAAUGUGAAGCACAUCCCAAACAUCCAUCGUAUGCAUACGUCCACAGUCUUCUUCCUUCCGAGUCUACUCCUAAGGUACGAGCACCUUCCAUCGACAGCGGCCGGGGACCAUAGUCUGACGACGAGGACGAUCGGUAGGAUCGAAUGAACAGCGCAAGAAGUUUCUCGUAAGAAGUUUGGCAAUCUCUCGAAGCCUCUGCGAGCUGGUACCAUCAGUGUACGACGUACUGACUGCCCCAUGAGCAGAGAUGGAUGGGUUCAGUUCACUGCAACACUCAGUGAACGGAGUGUUCCAGUGAACUGAGACUGAGUGUGGGUGUGUGGGUGUCGCAGUGGCUCGCAUCAGCAUCGACUUCGACCGAAGGAAUCUUCUUCGAUCGAGCAUGCUCGUCGUACAAUGCGAAGCUGGAGGAGUUCUGGCAUGACAGUGUAGCUGCUGGGGCUCCCGAUGCUUACGCUGGACGCACAGUACCCCGACGUCAUUCAUUCAUGCCCAGCCUUUACAGCAAGUGAGUACCGUUUAUAUUUAUACAUCUGCAAGCCUGCAGUUGAGCGUUAAAGGUCCACACAGUGAGCUCUGCGCUGACACAGACUCUGAGCCUCGAGACUUAAAGGGCCGAUACGGAUUUCUACGAACCUGAGAAAGCGCACAAACUCGAACAUCUGCCUCGACGAGAAUGAAACUCGACCCAGCUGCCGAAGCCGAGGUGGAUUGUGGCUUACAGUGGCUGCUGUAGCUGGUUGAGGUCUUCGCAUUUGACCAUCGUCGGUGUCAGUCGGGACUGGAGCUCACCUCGUUGAGCUUUCAAUACGGCGAGUAGAGUAAGAAAGCACGGCAGCAUUGUUGUUUGUAGCACGUACUGUCCUUGUUCCUGGCUGCAGGCACAGGCACAGGAUUGCUUUUGCCAGAGGGGCCAGUGGCACGCACUGCUUUGAUGAGAUUCAUUUCGCCCAUUUUUCAGGAUCCGAUGCUGUGCAAGCACAUUCUUGCUUGCUGCUGCUGCUGCUGAAUAGAUGUGAGCUCACCAUGUCUGUCUGGCUGGCUCGCGUAGAUACACCAUCAUCGGAAGCAUCGUCUGUCUGUCUGGCUGCCUCUUUCUCUCUCCCUCUGUUUGUCUGAAGGGGCUGAUGCUGUUCGAUCCUACAGCAUGUUAAGUAGACACUCCUGAACUCUUGCUACAGAUUCUGCUCUGAAGCGCCCACGUUCAGCUCUGUGAAAUGCGCUGGCAGCAAUGUGGAAUAUAAUAUUUAAGCAUAUAACAAUCUUUUCAGCGAGUGCUGCUGAAAAGAUAGAAGCUCACUUGUGGCUUGCACGAAACUGAGGUACAUCGCACAAGACGAUUGAAAGGAGAGAACCUCAUGUCUGCUCGGGGUAGGGAGGGAGGGAGGGGGGAGUGAGAGAGAGCUCCACGUUAGCUCGUCCGAUGCUCCGCGGAGCAGAUGAGAGAGAUUCUUGCGAGACCAAUCAAUCACUGAGGCCGGAGGUCCCAUGGACGAUGCCGGUGACAACGACCACCUCUGCUGAUCGAGGAAAGAUGCUCAAAACAAGACAGACCCCGUGGAUCCAGAGUGCUUGUCUCUCUUGUAACGUCCUGCGUCUCAUCAUCGAAAGUUCCCGGAAUAUUAUCACACCACAAUGUGCUCAUUCUUCAUGCAUCGUCGUGUUCAUUUCUCAGCUGUCACAAUCUGUGAAAAGACAGACGGGUGAUAUUUUGUCACACUUUGGAACCGCUUUCCUCCUGGAGCAAGAUUCCAUGCGACCCGAUCUUCAACAACUUCCCGUUUGGUUCUGCUCUGAGUUUUGGAUUGAGGCAGACAUUUGCAAAGAUCACUCGAGGGCUCGGAGUUGUUGAGGCUUUUCCAUGCAUGGAUGCUGCUUUUAGACGAGCCGAUGGCCCCGGACUGUGACAGUGGUGGGACCUUCGACUAACCUUAAUGCUGAACGGGUAGUUAGUUAUGGAACGACUGUUCAAAGCUUUCGGCUCAAGAUUCACCACAUUUUGGCUCUAGGCAUGCUCGUGGAUCUGGAUUGGGUCUGGUUUUUACCGUUUUCCAGCUCGCACCACCGCCAUCACUGCGGAAUCCCAUGCCGUUCUGAUUUCCAACCGUCCUAGUCAAAGAAAAGCUCCAACCAACAUUCGACCGACUCGAGCCAAUUCAACCGAGGGUGCAGCAGCUGAGCUCCAAAUGAUUGUUGGGAUGCAAAGGCCUCUCGGUUUGUGCGUUCAGACACAGAGACACACGCACACGAAGAGUGUGUGCGGAGGGGGGUGGCAAAAGUUGGGCAUAAUUCGAGCUCAGAUCAAAUAACAGAACCACCGCCUACCUACACUCGUUGAUGGCCAUUCCAGAACAUGCGAUGAACGACCUGCAGAAUUUAUGUUUGAUCUGCAACUAAUUGUGUUUGCCAGCCACCAAGUUGACUUCGAUGACGGAAUCCCACCGACUUUCCAUGCGCAAAAGCAACGCAGUCGAGUCGGUUUUUCUCUCUCAUGCACACGCAUUCUCCCCCUCUUUCUCUCUCUCGUGACUUGUCACAUGUGCAUCCAGUCCUCUUCGAAAGCAGCUUGACCUCCAUUGAACCUCCGUCCCGUGAUGUCACCAGGCUCACACUCCCUCGAGACGAACGGCGACAAGUGCUCAAGGGGAGAUCUCUUUGGAUAAGCCCUUGCCCCACUCACUCACCGUGAUCUUGUGUCGAGACAAGAAGCAAAAGGCUUCGCAGCUCCUUCCACCAACUACAUCGAGCCACUUGCCCUCCCUGCCCGCCCCUAACUAAAUACGACGCCCCGUGCUCAGGUAAUAAUAAUACAGAUCGCCCACCAUCUCUCAGCCCGCAACGAGAGCCGAGUGACUCCAUCACUCACGACAGAAACCACCAGGGUCCAUGGCGCAUGACAUCUGCGGGCUUCUCACACGGCUUGCCCGUGACAACCUCCGGGAGGGAGCAAGCUCAACACGUACAUGCAGAAUAUCAUCCUAAAGCCAUAGCUGGAACUUUUCCCAGCUCGAGCUCGGCAUCGAGUUUGGAUGGAGUUUUGGAUCGGGUAAAAAAACUGCUGGAGCUUGGAAUCGUCUUGAUUUUGAAGACGGAGAAUCUUCGAGUUUUUUCUCAGCGAGGGCUCUUUUGUGGGCGAGAAAUUCAGAGAUUUCAGAGCUUAUCUGGAGUGCUUGCGUAUGUGGGGGAUGCUGUUGUAUGUAGGAAGUGGUUUUCACUGACGACACUGAUUUGACCGACAUGUCGAGGUCCGAUUUCUUACCCGUCUUUCCACGUGAUGGAUCAGAUUCUAUUCGCUCGAGGCUGUAGGUUUCGGGUUCACGUAGCCACCAACUUUUGGCCCAAGCCAUGGAAAUACGCUCGUGGACCUUGAUUGGUGUCGGUCAUGGAGGCCCCAUCCACUCUAUCAUCUCAACGAGGCACCGUGACGACGAGCCAUAAUACAGCACCGUGUCCGGACCUGCUCACGGUUCCCUUCGGAUCCCGGAGAGCUUGCAACUUUGCACAGAUCUUAGCAUCCCAGAGUAUCACCUGAGCUCGAACAUAAAGCAGCGAGCGACGCCGUUCUGAUCUCUGCCUGUGCAUCCCUUUCUCCCUCACGCCCUCAUGAUUCUGCCCCGGCCCCAACUUGGCGAGAUUCGCUUCAAGAGCUGUGAUUCUCCGAGAUGGCAAGGCAAGCCCAGGCAAUUCUGGGAUCCAAUUGCUCGAUGCUCAUCCCGAGCCGCUCUGCUCUUUCUGCCGGUGAUUCUGCAACUUCCCUCUCCCUCUCCUUUCCAUGGCCUGUCUUCCAUGACGACGAUGUCGUCAUCUCGAGGACUUCUAUAAUCCCAACAACGCAAAGCUGACAAAGUAUGGAGAUUUGGGGCUCCAUCUUCUGGACAGCAGUAGCGAUAGUAGUAGAGGUUGAAGUAUAAGUGGAAGUAGUGCGACGCAGAGUACGUGGGGCCCUGGCCUGUCAGGGGCCAGGUCCAAAGUACAGGAGUGCAUGCUAACUGUGUGGAAUUUGGGGCAAGAGAAUCACGCUCAGA